AUGUCAUCGAUGGUGUUAGCCAACGUGAGACAGACAAUUAUUACAGCAACUGGAGUUCAAAGUGUUGAGUUCGAGGUUGGAGAAAUUGUCACUUAUUAUGCUGCUUCAGAAAUAUCAAAACCAAAUUCAAUGCUAUCUCCAUCGUUUAAAAGAAGAGUCUCUUUUGGCGAUCUCAGGCUGUACAAAGGCAAAGACAAUUUAGAUUUUCUAUUCGACAAUGUAAUCAAUAAGAGUCGUAUGGUGAGCGAGUCUUUUUCCAAGUUAAUAUAUGGAGACUUAUCUCAAAACACACUUCCCUUAAUUGGAAUGUAUCCUUCUGUUGACAAACUAAUUACCAUUGGAUUUGACGGAAAUUGCACAGCUUAUCUUCAGAAAAAUAAUAUUGCUCUUACCUAUGCAAGUAAUCUUCUGUAUUGUCAAGGCCUUGAGCGAGUGUUAACUGGUUUUUUAUCUGCAGCUCCCCUAAGUCCGAGUCAACCCUCUUCAACACUUGUGACAAUAUUUUCAAUUCUGGGAAUUUGUGGAACAUGUAUUUGCGCUUGCUGUGCCAAUGUCAUUUCAUUCAAUGUUUGGAACCAAAUCCAUUCUUUGAGAAUGAUGAUAAAUUAUAUUCCAGUUGAAAUCCUUGACAGAAAUGACAAUUUAAAGAAUUAUAUUCUUAAUCAUACCAUUUCCCUCUCAAAGAAUGAUAAACUUGCCACAAAGAAGUCCAAAGACGGUGAUUCAAUGUAUGACCUAAAAUUAAUUUUCAAUUCAAGUGUAGAAGGCACCAUUUUGUCAAAAGAAAGUGGAGAAAUAGAAUUAUUCAACAACGCUGGGCUAUCAAUGUUUGGUAUCAAAAUCAUAGAAAUACUGGGAACAUCCAUGUAUGAAAUUUUUGACUCUGCUGUUCGUGACGUUAAAAUUGACUUAAUAUUCAAAUUAUUCGCUGUUCGGCGUCAUGCAGGAGUUAUUGGAACCAAGAAAUUUGCUUAUGAUUUAUGGGGAGAUACAAUCAACGUCGCUUCCAGAAUGGAAUCUACCUCUCUUGCCGGAAGAAUUCAGGUGUCAAGAUCUACCUACGCUCGAGUGUAUAACCUGGGAUAUCAAUUCGAAGAAAGGGAGGUGGAAUUGAAAGGUAAGGGAGUUGUAAAAAGCUACCUAUUGAACGAAAAGCAUCACGGCCACCCAUCCCACACAAGUAAUCAUACCAAAGAAACGCCACCACCUCAAACAAUUCCUCUUGUUGUUGAAGAUUUGGGUCAAUCCACACAUCAUCAAUAA